AUGGCCACCGAUACGCUAUCGCCGGUCCUUCAAGAGUUCAUCAACAAGACGAUGCGCAUCACCACGACCGAUACAAGGGUUUUUGUGGGCGAGCUGAAGUGCACCGAUAGAGUACCGUAACCCGUUCCCCCCCACCCCACCGGCAUCGAUAUCAUCAUAAUCAUCAUCAUCAAACACACCAUCACUUCACGACCCAGCAAGGAGAUUUGUUCUUUGUUUUCGAUGUAUCGGGGGGCAUUCAGCUAAUAUAGCGCCCAGGAUAAAAACCUCAUACUUUCACAAACGCAUGAGUACCGGUAUCCGACUGGGGAUGGAUUACGAGUGGAGGUGGAGAGCGGGGAGGGGGUGGUCGAGGAGGGGAAAGUGAAAUUGACCCUUAAGAGCCGCUACAUUGGAUUGAUAGUUGUGCCCGGAGAGUUCAUAAUCAAAAUUGAGGCUGAGGAAGGACAGGGGACAGUGGGUAGUGCUAGGGGGAGCAUGACUGUCAGUGUUGAUCGGGAGAGUUGA